AGAGCUGUCGCAGCAGCGACCGGGACAGGAAGGCUAGCGUCCAUUGGUUUAUCACUUGUGGGAACUCCCAGGAGACACCGUUGAAGGAUCCAUAACACCCUCAGAGAACCGCCGCCAUGGCAAUAAUCCGUGAUGCUGCACAGUCUCGAUGGCUGACGAGACUGCUGAUGAUAUCACUGGUGCUGAACGGAGCCGUGCUGGGCCGUCCCAGCGGCCAGCCGGCCGUGUGCGGCUGGUCCUGCUGCUCCGUGCUGCCCUCGUGUGUGGACGCCAAGAGAGUGACGUGCGACUGCCCGGAGAUGGUUAUUCGGAAGGGAGACAUCCCUACCACUGCUCACGCGGUGACCAUCCGCAACACGGGACACGUCAUCCUCGAGGAGGACGCCAUCGGACACCUGUCGUCCCUUGUCAACCUCACCGUCAGCGAUGUGGACCAGCUGGAGAUCAGGCGGGACGGCAUGGCCUCCCACAACCAGACCAGGCUGCGCUCCGUGCUGUUCCAGAAUAUUCAGUCACUCCAGGCCCAGAGUCACUCCUUUACCGGCAUCUGGCAGACGGAGACAGCCGUCCGAAUGCAGCUCAUCAAAGAGCUCCAUGUCAUGUCUAACGCCUUCAGCUACCAGGCCGUUGUAACAGGUCCCAGUGUGUCUCUGCAAAAUGUCCGCCGGCUUAACCUUCAAUCAAGCGGUUUUUCGGCUCCGAUGUUUGGCAUGUAUCUCACCAACGUCAACAUGAGCGAGUGUCAGAAGGAAAGUUUCGGUGGAAACACCUACGUCACUGAAUGGAAUAAUGUAGCAAUCACCGAUAUGCAUGCUAAGUGCUUCCACAGCUUGAAACACGUCGGGUCCCUAAAUCUGAACUCUGUAAAAAUUGAAACCAUCCGUCGUGGGGCGUUCUCGGGAGAUAUCCGUUCUCUGUUUGUUCAGAACAGCCAUUUCGGAACUGUUGAGAAAAGUGGUAUCAACAUGAGGGUCUCGAACAUGGAAGUAUGCAAGUCAACUAUCGAUGAGCUGAAGUCGGAGGGCAUCAACAUGUUCGCAAAGGAGUGGUUCAAGAUGGAGACCAUCAGAAUAAACCAUCUAAGAAAGAACGCUUUUCUCGGAGUAAAAAUGGGUAAGGAUAACAUCUCACGCAUCUUGAAACUACACAAAGUUGAAAUAAUUGAAGCCGAAAACGGGUCCCUGACAUUCUCAACCUGCAACGAAGUGGACCUGAAGGACCUCGACCUGACUGCUCCGCUGCCUCCAAUCUGCCCCACGGACCGAUGGACGCGGUCUCUGUCAGCCGGUGGGGCGGGAGGUCGACUGAGCCAGGCGCAGUAUCAGCUCUUCUACCAACUGCUGGACAGACGCUGGUGUUCCGAAGAUGGCUGGACUGAGUUCCCGGACUCUACGGAAAGACCUAGCUGCGAGCAGGCCAACGAGUGGACUCCGGACUCGCUCGAAGAAGACCUAGAUGACGACACGGUGGCUGGCCAGACCAGUCAGGGCACUUCCAGCGAAGAUUCCAGCGAGGAGGAGAACUAUGCUGCUGUUGUAGAUCAUAGCGCUGAUGAGUCUGCCGAGGAUGAAAAUGAAGACGAAGCUUUCUGGGGCCGCGGAUAUCAACAGAGCAUUUCGGAGAAGUCAAAACUGUCAGCGAACGCCGGCCGUUCUGACGUUGCACGUAGUGCAGGUAGUGCAAGUAGUGCAGGUAGUGCAAGUAGUGCAGGUAGUGCAGGUAGUGCAGGUAGUCCAAGUAGUGCAGCAGGAAGUCAUUUUGACACAAUGCCGAACCCCAGCAACAAGGUAAUGUUCACCACUGCAUCAUCAGGUGUGAAGGCGCCUGUGGCUGCAGCUGGCGACAGAGGAACUGACCACUCUUUGGAAGAGCCCGGCCCUACAGCUGGCGACGAAACUGACAAAAGGUCUUUGAAGAAACUCCAUGGUGGCGAGCAGUCUGAAAACGUCCGAGAGGAAAACCAGGGAGAUGUGCCCGAUUCUGCUUCCUCUGAUGGCCCUGAGCAUUCUUCCGUGGAUGGUGAACUGGACGAAGGACAUCGUAUGAUUAUCUACGUCACGCUGGGAGCUUUCCUGAUGCUAGGAAUCGUUCUUACUGUGGCGUUGGCCGCCAUCAUUAUCCACAAAAAGCCCAAGCGCGGUCAGCAGUUUUUGGCCAACAUUCAUCAGGAAGAGGCUCCGUUGAGGGUUCCCAACCUUGGCAAGGCUGACAUUAAGAAACUGAAUGUUGCUGAUGUACGCGGUUCGACUGAAUCAGUCUCCAGUCAGCUUUCUCAGCCUCAUAUAUAUGAGGAGAUUGACGACAAGGCACCGGCACGCGUCCAUCACGUCUAUCAAUGGUCUUCCGAGUAUUCGAGGAUGUGCCCUCAGACGCCGGCAGAUUUUCCCCCGGCGCCUCGGUAUCAGAACCUGAAACCUCUCCCCGAACCGUACCGCUUCAUUGGCUCGAAUUUUUAAACAGUGGUUGUGAGCAUUGGGUCCUGACUUCUAGGAAAAAACGGAACCCAGUAGAACCCGGUGGCUGUACUAGUGACAAUAUUGACAACGGUGAAUCUCAUGUCAGGUACGCUUAUUUUCAAUUUUAUGCAUUCGUUGUUCAUCCUGUUUAUAAUAUUUUCACACGUAUGUAUAUCAGACAUGUGCAUGGAUCUGAGUAUAUGAAUCUGAAUUCAAAUAAUGUAGAUUCUAACCUGGUAUUCCAUUGGAUCAUUGAACCAGGUGUUUCUUGACGUUUGAGAACUCGUUGAAAAUGACACUUGUAGACCAAACCAUUAUAAGUAACAUAUUGAAAUCCAUAUAGUAAUAAAUCCAUAUAGUAAGAUAUUGAACCAGAACACAGGUUUCUUGAUUCAAACGUAUUUAUGGUGUGGCUAGUUGAGCUGGUAUUUGUAAACUGAGAUAUGUACUAGAUAAAUGCUCAUUACCACUGUUUUCCCGUUAUUAGACGUCAUGCUUUCAAAAUUGUAUGAUUUUGUUAUGUUUCCACGCGCACUUCUAUAUAUUGUUGUAUUUAUCCCCGAAGUUUGACAAUUUUUAUGCACGUACGCAUCCAUUGCAUGUCCCGUUACAUGAAGAACAAUCGCAUUGGUUCGCUGUGAAACUGCCAGCCGCCCGCUGAAGGGCUUUUACAGUUUGUAGAAGUGAGUUUGCUUCUUGUGCUUUAGUUGCCGACAUGGAAAGCUUAUUGAUCUUGCAGUGAGUUAAAAAAGACAGUUCUUCAAGUAGCGAGGCACAUGAAGAACAUUUCAUGACUUGCUGCAUGACGAACGUCUAUAUUAAUUUGCCUUGAAUUUGCCCACCACCCUUUUGAGGGCUUAAGUGGCUUGCAAGACCUUGCUCUGGUCUUGUGGGCCCCGUAGAAGUCCUUAGGAGAAUGGUUACAGCAGUUUCACAGCGGUCGCAUUGUCGUCACGAAAUCUAUUAAGAUCACAGAUUCUAUACUCAGAUCCAUGCACGUGGCUGAUUUGUACGUUGUUUAAUUUUACUUAAUUAAUGGUUUGUGAAUAGUAACAUAUCUUAACGCAAAAUAAAUACGAGUGAAAUUUACCCCAAGUGCUUAGUUUUAACUCUUAACUGGAUCCUAACGGACAAGUUAAAUGAGUGAAUAGUACAUAUCACGGCACAUUUCUCAACAGCUGGUUGAAGCAAUAAAGACUGCUCUGUUACAAUUCUUUAAUUCUAGCUCAAAUAACUAACUUACAUAGGCCUGAGCAAGUUAUCAGUAAACAAAUACAUUAGAGGAAAUGUAUAUGAUUUCGGGAAGAUGUAAAUACUAAUUUAAUAAUAAAUUAUAUAGAUUCACCGUUCUUGAUGUUGUCACCAAAAGCCACCGGUUCUGCUGUAGCACAGGUCAAAUAAACUUUAUCCGCAAUUAACUCAAAAUACUAGUGAUAAAAUCACCAAUUCGAGCAUGUUCGAGUACGACUCUUCGUCAACCUAUAGCCAACCAUGGAUGCAUGCUGGUUAUCGGCUGCUCAUCCGAUUGUCCGACUGUCAAUAUCGUUUCUUUAAGAGAUAGUUAUAGCGACAUAAAUAAUGGCAAAAUUAUACUUGUGACGCGUCAAUACGCCUCUACAUUUACAGUAUCACUAUAAAUUACCAAGAAUGCCUUAAAACGUUAAAAGCAACAAUCACUCGUAAGGAAAAAACAAGUAUUUAGUCAGACCUUAUGAGCUGUUACCAGGCUAAAGUCUGUGACUGCAUUGCUCGGUUUGACUUGUGCAAAGUUCCUCAAAUUCGAAAUUUUAAGUGGACCCAUUGCUUACCACUGCUGUUUUAAAAUUCAUGACACGGUUGGAGCCAAAGCAGAAAUGCCUCCAAUGAUCAACAGCCUGGCAUCAAAAGUGAGUGCUAGGAAAACAAUUAAAAAAAAAAACUACAAAUAGAAGAGAAAUGUGUUGUGGGUCGCAAUGCUGUAGAUUUAAUGGUCUAUCGUGCAGGAGAUUAGGAAAAGAAUUAUUCAAAAAAAAAAAUAAAGGACUUAUGACUUUAAUUCUACGAAG